AUGCCUGCCUGCACCUUCUCUGCUCCCGUCCUCGCCUCCUCCGAGCGUGCCGUUGUUGCUUACACCUGCUCUGUCCAGAGCUCCGAGCGCGCUGUUGUCGCCUACACCUGCUCUGUUCAGUCUUCUGAGCGUGCCGUUGUUGCCUACACCUGCACCAUCGCUUAA